GGCAACCCAUGUGCACAAAUGGAAACAUAGAGAGAGAAAGUGUGUGUGGUGUGUGUGUGAGACAAACACAGAGAGAGUAACAAGAGGGGAGACGAAGAAAGAAGAAAGUCUUUAUGGAAAGAAGAGGAAGUAGCCUAUACAAGUGGGUGGCAUGGGGAGAGGAGAAGAUGCAGUAGAGGAGGAGGUGAGAGUAGAAGAGAAGAGAAGCUUAUAAAGAUCCCAUAUUUUUGGCUUUGCGUGGUAGCCUUAGAGGCGGCAAAGGUGUGAGUGAGGGGAGAGAGGGAUGAAGGAAGGGGGCGGAGAUGGGUUCGUGAGGGCGGACCAGAUCGAUCUGAAGAGCUUGGACGAGCAACUGGAGCGGCACCUCAGCCGGGCAUGGACGAUGGAGAAGAGGAAGGAGGAGGAGAGGAGGGAGAGGCGGAGGGAGGAGUGGGAGAUCGACCCAUCGAAGCUGCUCAUCAAGGGGGUAAUCGCCAGGGGCACCUUCGGCACCGUCCACCGUGGGGUCUACGACGGCCAGGACGUCGCCGUGAAGUUGCUAGACUGGGGCGAAGAGGGAAACAGAACGGAAGCUGAAGUUGCGGCACUGCGGGCAGCCUUCUCUCAGGAAGUCUCAGUUUGGCAUCAGCUUGAUCAUCCCAAUGUGACUAAGGUAAAGAUAGUUAUAAAGAUUGGUUUUACAAGGUGUCAUCUGGUUGGAAAUCUUCUCUGCAUUCAUCUUAUUGAAUAUGAUUAUCUGCUAAUUCUUCUUACAGAAAAUAUGCUUCUAGAUAGAACAGGAAGAGUGAAAAUUGCUGACUUUGGCGUUGCUCGAAUUGAGGCUCAAAAUCCUAAUGACAUGACGGGUGAGACAGGAACCCUUGGUUACAUGGCACCAGAGGUCCUUAAUGGCAACCCUUAUAAUCGAAAAUGUGAUGUUUAUAGCUUUGGUAUCUGCCUGUGGGAGAUAUACUGCUGUGAUAUGCCAUAUCCUGACCUUAGCUUUUCCGAGAUCACAUCUGCAGUCGUGCGGCAGAACUUGCGGCCAGAGAUACCACGUUGUUGCCCGAGCUCUCUGGCAAAUGUGAUGAAAACCUGCUGGGAUGCAAACCCUGACAGACGACCGGAGAUGGAUGAAGUGGUAGCCAUGUUGGAAGCCAUUGAUACAUCAAAGGGGGGAGGUAUGAUACCUCCAGAUCAGCAACAUCAGGGAUGUUGCGGGUGUUUCGGCAGGUACCGAGGCCCUUGAUCAGCAGCAAGCCAUUGCUCUGGGGAUGUUUAAACUUGGAAGAGACACAGCAAUUUGCACAAUCAAUUGCAAAUGUCGAUGCAGAGCUGAGAUAUUAUAGCAAUGCAUCUAGAGUAUGUUCUUUAUGUGAUGAUGUAAAGACAUUCAUCUUCAUGUGUAUAACUUGGCUUCUCACUUGUACUCUGGUUACCACACCUACGCAUUAAUAUUCUUCUAU